AUGUGGUUCAGCUUAGUGCAGCAGAUGGUUCGACAGGACCCCGCAUACUAUGCUUUCUAUGCGCUAUGCCGUCCUGAUCAUGCGUGGAAGCUGGUGUCAUUUCCAUAUUAUGCCAAGCGAACGUAUCCUGGAGAACGCACCUUCUUUCGCCACAUUGAUGUGAAUAUCACCGACUUUGUGCGUAGUGGUCGGGGUGAGAAUGCGCUACAAGGGAGCCUCGCUCUCUCCGAUGAGGAUAGCCGCAACUGCACCGAAUUACUCCUAGGUAUGUAUCGCGACAUCGGCACGUGGCAUAAGCGGCUGAUCGACCGAGGGUACGCCAAGGAUGGGUAUGUGCAGCGUAUCGACGCCGAUAUGUGGACUAAAGAGGACGGGGCCCACUUUGGCUAUGGCCGGACUAAACAGAUCUGCCAGUUUGGGGGUGUACGGCUGAGUCUACCUGGCCUACCCCAUGGGUCUACCGGUCCCGCGAGUUCUCAGCGUAUUAACAUCCUACCUUGGUUCGUUGCCAUGGGUGAUGAUCACCAGACACUAGACACCGCAGAGUCUGGCACCUGGGAUGACCUCUCGCGCUGCCAUCGUGAUUUCCAGUCGGGCACUAAGACACCAUCCGGUCUGCCGAAUAGCACGUACGGUGGUCGAGUGGAUAAUAUAUUUCCUGCGACCGUUCGGCUAGGACACUUGGGUGCGAUUUCAGAUGCGCUUAUUGGCCAGACGCGAUGGGAUACAGCAGACAGACGAAACGCCCAGCGCCUAUACUACACUGCGUUUACCAACCUCGUGGCUGCUGAGAAGGAGGCCUUUGGUGAUGAUUCCUACUUCUACCGGAGGGAAUUAAACCUGUCUACUACUCCGGCGUUUAUCCGUGAUGGUGUCUACUAUGCUGGGUUCCAGCGUACCACUAAUGCUCCGGGACCUCCUGAUACCGAAGCAAGUGGCCCUUCUGCUGGCGACGAAGAUAUAGAAGAUGACAAAUCGGCAGAUGUCGAUGUCAGAGAGCAUGAAGAUGUCGAAAGGAUAUUCGCAGAUAUGUGCCGUGGUGGUGCCCUUGGGUAUAUAGCUCCUCCUGACUUUUCCGCUAUACGUCUGUAG